UGGAGAUCUACGAUGUGUUCCAUGAAGGCACUGAUGAACGACUUGCAUUGCGAGAGCGCUACUGCUCAGACACCUUUCCGGGCCCGACGGUGUCAGCCUUUGGUGCACAUUCAAUGCGUGUCAUCUUCAGUUCGGAUUCGACUGGCACAGGAAAUGGUUUCAAAGCUCUCUACGAAAUUCGGCCUGCUGCCAAGGAGGACAUCCCUACGCAUGAAACUAAAGAACCUCGUGGCGAUGGAGCCUAUCGAUGCGGUCGGCGAAUCAGAGCCAGUGCUACAACUCCUACUGGCUACGUGAUGUCGCCUAAUUAUCCUAUCAAGUACAACAAGGAUGUGCAUUGCGAUUGGGAAAUUGUUGCAAGAGAUGGAUAUAAGGCAGUUAUUCGUGUGUCCGGUGCACCUCGACCAGAGUAUUGCGGUACAGAUCAAAGUGUAUUCACGCCGUUGGUUACCAAAAACAGCUCCGUUCGGAUCAGCUUCCUCACCAGCCCCGACAAAGUGAAUGGUCUCAAAGGUUUCAAUAUGAGUUGGACUGAAGUUCGUGAAGUGAACGAAAUGAGCGACUGUUCAUCUUCGUCUGAAUAUAUGUGCACCUAUUCCAAACUAUGCAUCAGUUCGAUGUUACGGUGCAAUGGUGACGCGAAUUGCGGACAUCAGGAUGACACAGAUGAAACCCACUCAUAUUUCGGUCUCGGAGCGGCUGAAACCAGUACCCGCCAGAGCGUAUAG